CUUGUUCUCCACUUCUCCUAUAUAUAGACACAUAUUUUCUGCCAUAAAAUCAUGCACUUACGUACUUGAGCUAAUUCCCUCUAUUUCACUAAAAAAAAAAAAAAAGCUAGUGUUACUUGUAAGCAAAUUAAAGUCAUCUUCUUGCGAAUGUGGUGGUGUAUACACUUGUUUUCCUUUAAUGGCAUCGAUAGGAAAUCUAUUACUGUGUAUUUUAGUGAUUUUGUUGAUAGAGAAUGUGUAUGGUGGAAAUUUUUACAAAGAUGUCGAUAUCACUUGGGGUGAUCAUCGUGCAAAAAUUAUUGACAAUGGAAAUCUUCUGACUCUUUCUCUGGACAAGAUGUUAGGUUCGGGAUUUAGAUCAAAAAACGAGUACUUAUUCGGAAUGAUUCAAAUGCAAAUUAAGCUCGUAAAGGGUAAUUCAGCUGGAACUGUAACGGCAUAUUAUUUAUCUUCACUGGGAGCAACUCACGAUGAACUAGACUUUGAGUUUUUGGGCAAUGUCUCAGGUCAACCUUACAUAGUGCACACAAACAUAUAUACUCAAGGACGAGGCAAGAGAGAACAACAAUUUUACCUUUGGUUUGAUCCAACCAUAGAUUUUCACACCUAUUCUAUCCUUUGGAAUCCAAGGACCAUCAUAUUUUAUGUAGAUGGCACACCAAUAAGAGUUUUUCCUAAUAGGAAAUCAAAGGGUAUUCCAUUUCCAAAUAAUCAACCAAUGAGAUUAUAUGCAAGUCUUUGGGAUGCUGAAGAUUGGCUACACAAGGUGGACGUGUCAAAACAGAUUGGAAAUUUGCUCCUUUCACAGCAUCCUUUAGAAACUUCAAACCUAAUGCUUGCAUUUGGUUGAAUGGAGUUUCAUCAUGCAACAAGUCAUUGCCAUGGUUCUCCCAAGAGUUGGAUUCAUCAAGUAAAGCAAAGCUUAAUUGGGUUCAAAAGAAUUUCAUGGUUUACAAUUAUUGU